GGAAGUGGGGCCUGAUGUAAACACCGGAGCCGGGCGCCAAGGCCCGGGAGGUCAGAAAGCCCGGCCGCGGGCGGCACGGACAAGUGGGGCCAGGGUCGGGGACACGCGGACGUCAGGUAGGUCAUGUUGGAAUCAAGGAAAGCAGAGCACAAGGAAGAUGUCCCGUGGGUGAGGACUUUACAGUGAUAAGAGAAUCCUUGAGGGCAAAAAGAGGAUCUAGAGGAACGCCCAGGCUGGCCCUGGUUGGGAAUGAGCAAGGUGGAGUUGGGUGCUAGGUCCAGGUGUGAAGAUAAGAAGUGGGUUGGAGGCUGGGCGCGGUGGCUCACGCCUAUAAUUCUAGCACUCUGGGAGGCCGAGGAGAGCAACCCUGGACCAUGACUCAUCAGCCACUUCGAGGAGUGACAAGCCUACGUUUCAACCAAGACCAAAGCUGCUUCUGCUGUGCCAUGGAAACUGGUGUGCGCAUCUACAAUGUGGAACCAUUGAUGGAGAAGGGGCACCUGGACCAUGAGCAGGUGGGCAGCAUGGGCCUGGUGGAGAUGCUGCACCGCUCCAACCUUCUGGCCCUGGUGGGCGGUGGUAGCAGCCCCAAGUUCUCAGAGAUCUCAGGGCUGGCCCUUACCCUGAACCUUGGCCCCAACAACCCACCCACCUGCCCAGCAGUGCUGAUCUGGGACGAUGCCCGAGAGGGCAAGGACUCCAAGGACAAGCUGGUGCUGGAGUUCACCUUCACCAAACCAGUGCUGGCUGUGCGCAUGCGCCAUGACAAGAUCGUGAUUGUGCUGAAGAACCGCAUCUAUGUGUACUCCUUCCCUGACAGUCCCCGGAAGCUGUUUGAGUUUGAUACACGGGACAACCCCAAGGGGCUCUGUGACCUCUGCCCCAGCCUGGAGAAGCAAUUGCUAGUGUUCCCAGGACACAAAUGCGGGAGCCUACAACUUGUGGACUUGGCAAGCACAAAGCCUGGCACCUCGUCUGCUCCGUUCACUAUCAAUGCCCAUCAGAGUGAUGUGGCCUGUGUGUCCCUGAAUCAGCCAGGCACUGUAGUAGCCUCAGCCUCCCAGAAGGGUACCCUCAUUCGCCUCUUUGACACGCAAUCCAAGGAGAAACUGGUGGAACUGCGCCGAGGCACUGACCCUGCCACCCUCUACUGCAUUAACUUCAGCCACGACUCUUCCUUCCUCUGUGCUUCCAGUGAUAAGGGCACCGUCCAUAUCUUUGCUCUCAAGGAUACCCGCCUCAACCGCCGCUCAGCGCUGGCUCGUGUGGGCAAGGUGGGGCCUAUGAUUGGGCAGUACGUGGACUCUCAGUGGAGCCUGGCGAGCUUCACUGUGCCUGCCGAGUCGGCCUGCAUCUGCGCCUUCGGUCGCAAUACUUCCAAGAACGUCAACUCUGUCAUUGCCAUCUGUGUAGAUGGGACCUUCCACAAGUAUGUCUUCACUCCUGAUGGAAACUGCAACAGAGAGGCUUUUGAUGUGUACCUUGACAUCUGUGAUGAUGAUGACUUUUAAGGACCCUGGGAGUUGUGCUAGGGACCUGAAGUGGCAGACUGCAGAGCUGAGUCUUCGGGGUACACUGCUGUGGAAGCCACCAGCCAGCAAGCAUUCAGGGGGCCAGUGCCCACUUUUCACUCAGCAGAGCUUUGUCUAAACAAACAGCUUUCUUUCCUCAAGCACUUCGUGAUAACUGUGUGCCCGAAGGGCCAGGCCAGGAACCCAGAGGGAAUGACCUAGUCCAACCCGGGGAUUUUUAAAAGCUUCCCAGGAAGAGAUGAUCUCUGAUGUGAUAAAUGUGAAUAAAAGGCCCUUAACGGCA